AUGGACUACAGGAUUCUCGUCUUUACUUUUUUUCUCCUGGUCGCCAAAGUAGCGGAGUUGAACAAUCACCCAGUAAAAGGUCAUGUUGCUGACUAUUUGAAAUCCGCUAAAUGGAGACACAUCAAGACGUACGCAAAGAUUCACAAGCCGAUAUCAUUGGACAUAACGUCUAACUACAGACUUCCUGCUGGAACGAUUUUGUAUGGAUUCAGACAAUCACGUGACUGUGAAGAAAUUCUGAAGAGGAAUUUCCACACCAGAGGAAGAGACGGGGUGUACACAAUCUACUCAGACAAGAAAAUUCCAACAAAGGUCUACUGUGAUAUGACCACAGACGGAGGAGGAUGGACGGUAAUACAGAGGAGAUUUAACGGUCAAACGAAGUUUGAUCGAAACUGGAAUGAUUACAAGAGAGGAUUUGGUGAGGUAAAGAAGGAAUAUUGGCUAGGAAAUGACAAAAUCCAUACCUUGACCAGCGGAAGAAACCAGGAAAUGCGUAUUGAUAUGGGGAAAUUCACUGGAUCCAUGGUGUAUGCUCGGUACUCACAUUUCUCUGUUGGGAGUGGAUCUUCUAAAUACAAAUUGUCCAUCGGCGGCUACAGCGGAAAUGCAGGAGACAUGAUGAUACAAGCUCAUAACCUGAAUGGUAUGUACUUCUCAACAAAGGAUAGAGACAAUGAUCGUUAUAAACCCCGAAAUUGUGCAGGGAACCAUUACACUGGUGGGUGGUGGUACAAUAGGUGCUCAUACUCAGCUCUCAAUAGCGAUUACCAAACGUCCAACAGGAAAACCCAUCGUGGUCUCUUCUGGGGAACAAAUUAUGAAAACAUGAAGUCUACUAAAAUGAUGAUCAGAUCCAAGAAAUAAGAAAAGAUUGUAAUUUCUUUGAAAUGAAUAAA